GAGCAGCGGCUGAACGCGUCGGGAGCGCUGCGCGGCGGAGAGGCGGAUGAGGGAGAUAAUCCUCCUUCGCCGCGGCCCGGUGGCAGCGCGGAUCCACGCAGGUCAGGGGCAGAAAAUGGGGAACGCCGACAGCAAACUUCACUUCAGGAAGGCGGUGAUCCAGCUCACCACCAAGACCCAGCCCGUCGAAGCCACGGACGAUGCCUUCUGGGACCAGUUCUGGGCCGACGCCUCCACCACCACCCAGGAUGUUUUCGCUCUGGUGCCGGCGGCCGAGAUCAGAGCCGUCAGAGAGGAGUCUCCGUCAAACCUGGCGACCCUCUGCUACAAGGCGGUGGAGAGGUUAGUCCAGGGUGCGGACUCGGGCUGCCCCUCGGAGAAAGAGCGUCAGAUCGUCCUGAACUGCACCCGCCUGCUCACCCGCAUCCUGCCCUACAUCUUCGAGGACGCCGACUGGAGAGGCUUCUUCUGGUCCACCGUGCCCGGAGCCGGCAGGGCGAGGCGUUUUGAUGGAGACAGCGAUGAUGAUGAGGAUGAUGAUGGAGCCCGGCCGCUGGCCGAAUCCCUGCUGAUGGCCAUCGCCGACCUGCUCUUCUGUCCAGGUUUCACCGUCCAGGGCCACAAGAAGACCAACUCGGAUACAGCGGAGGACAUCCGGUCCAUAGACAGCUGCGAGUACAUCUGGGAGGCCGGGGUGGGCUUCGCUCAGUCGCCUCCUCUAAACUACAUGCAUGACCUCGACAGGACCGAGCUGCUGAAGUUGCUCCUCACCUGUUUCUCUGAAGCCAUGUACCUCCCUCCCUCCUCUGAAAGCAGAAACCUCAAUCCCUGGGUGGCCUUCUUCUGCUCCACAGACAACAGACAUGCCCUGCCUCUGUUCACCUCCCUGCUCAACGUGGUGUGCGCCUAUGACCCUGUGGGCUACGGCAUCCCGUACAACCACCUGCUGUUCUCCGACUACCGGGAGCAGCUGGUGGAGCAGGCGGUCCAGAUCCUUAUCGUCACCCUGGAGCACGAAGCUGGGUCGGCCGCCAGCGCCGCCCUCCAGGCCCUGGAUGCCUCCCCGUCCCCCACAGCUGGGGAGGAGCAGGAGCCUGCUGGACCUGAUAACCUCUUUGUGAAUUAUCUCUCCAGGAUCCACAGGGAAGAGGAUUUGAGCUUCAUCCUGAAGGGCCUGGCUCGGCUGCUGAAUAAUCCUCUGGUCCAAACUUACCUGCCUCGUUCCACCAAGAAGAUCCAGUUCCACCAGGAACUGCUGAUCCUCUUCUGGAAGUUCUGUGACUUCAACAAGAAAUUCCUGUUCUUUGUCCUGAAGAGCAGCGAUGUGUUGGACAUGUUGGUUCCCAUCCUCUUCUACCUGAACGAUGCCAGAGCAGAUCAGUCUCGUGUGGGCCUCAUGCACAUCGGUGUGUUCAUCCUCCUGCUCUUGAGCGGAGAGAGGAACUUUGGCGUUCGUCUGAACAAGCCGUACACUCUCCGUGUCCCCAUGGACAUUCCUGUCUUCACGGGAACCCACGCUGACCUCCUCGUUGUGAUCUUCCACAAAAUCAUCACCGGUGGACACCAGCGUCUCCAGCCUCUCUUUGACUGCCUGCUCACAGUAAUAGUGAACAUUUCACCCUAUCUGAAGAGCCUGUCCAUGGUGGCGGCCAACAAGCUGCUCCACCUCCUGGAGGCCUUCUCCACACCCUGGUUCCUCUUCUCCUCCACCCAGAACCACCACCUGGUCUUCUUCCUGCUGGAGGUCUUCAACAACAUCAUCCAGUAUCAGUUUGAUGGCAACUGCAACCUGGUGUACACCAUCAUCCGUAAGCGAAACGUCUUCCACCAGUUGGCCAACCUGCCGUCUGACACAGCGUCUAUUCAGAAGGCCCUGCAGAGGAAGAAGAAGUCCGGGAUUUCCAGGACUAACUCUACAGAGUAUGAGUCCAUGGAGGGCUCCAGACCAGCUGUACCUGCUGAGCCUGGCACUCUCAAAACCAGCUUAGAGGCCACUCCAGGAAUCGAUAAGAUAACAGAGAAGUCCCAGGUGAGCGAGGAUGGUACCAUGGUCGCUGUCCCACAAUCAGACUCUCCACAGACGACCGCAGACAACGGUGCCACAGCUGGAGCCAGCGACACGGAGUCCAACUCAGAUAGAGACCACGAGGUCUACCACACAGAGUCAGAAGCAGCGAGGAGUCGGUCAUCAAGUGCGUUGUCAUCAGCAGCCUGGAGCGCUAAUCCAGACUGGGUGUCGUCAUGGAAGGCAAAGCUUCCUCUACAGACCAUCAUGCGGCUGCUACAAGUACUGGUCCCUCAGGUGGAGAAGAUUUGCAUCGACAAGGGUUUGACAGACGAGUCAGAAAUCCUCAAGUUCCUUCAGCACGGGACGCUCGUCGGCCUCCUGCCCAUCCCUCAUCCCAUACUCAUCAGAAAGUACCAGGCCAACGCCGGCACGGCCAUGUGGUUCCGAACAUACAUGUGGGGAGUCAUCUACUUACGCAACGUGGAUCCUCCAAUCUGGUACGACACGGAUAUAAGGCUGUUUGAGAUCCAGAGGAUUUAGAGGAGCUGCUGAGGACGUUGUGUCGACUGCCGGAUCCGCAACAAGACCUGCCAGUUUACCUUCCUCGUACCUCAACUCCGAUCAGAGGAGCAUCUCGCGUCUUUUUGGUCGUAUUUAAAGACGACAAGCAGUGACAAUCUUGUGCUUCAUUUUGUCAUUUUUUUUCCAGAGAAAAAACAGGAGGGUAUAAAUCUGUCCGUAAAUGAAUUACUGCGUAUUACAUGGAGCCUGUAUCAUGAGCAGGUGCAGUGGAAGCAUUUCCAAAUGUUAUCAUGAAAUGUGAUUUAUUGAACGUUUAAUUAUUCAUUUUGCCAAAAAAGAGAAGUUUUUGCACAUUGCUCUGUGGUGUUGAUUUGACAAUUUCAGGCCCCACUGAAUGUUUUCCGUUCGCCUUUUAAACUCCCUCCCACACAUGAUGUACUGGAAAUGAAACACUCUAGGCUGAAGGAUACUGUUGUGCUGAAGCCUUUCCCAUUGUGCUGAAGGGAAACCGAACACGGUCUACGAGGGGACUGGAGCUCAGAUAGAAGGGGACGUCUUUUCUCACAUGUUCUUACCGACAAAGUGUCAGAAAAUGUUUUCUGGUGCUGAAACUGUACGAAAAUCACUUUGGGGUGUGUAUCUGAUGUGUUAUGUCCUGUCAGAAGUAAAAAAUGAUCAGUAUGAA